UUCAUGGAAAUGGAAUAUAAUGAUUCAAAAGCGUCUCCAUCAAAGUUUCUGUCUUUUAUUUUUUUUCCCUCAUAUUUUUAUUAGGGUUUGGAAAUUAGAUUCGAUCGUAUCGCUUCGUUUCUCGAUCUUAACCCCAUUCGCCAUCAUUAUCAUCAUUAUUAUUUUAAGUUCUUCCUUUAAUUUGUAUUAUUCAUUUUAGCAUUCUCUUUAGGUUUCGAUUAUUUGUAACCAAGUUCACGCCCAUUUUUCAUUAGAUUUUCAUAUUCCUAAUUUGGGAGCUAAGACUCGCUUCUUCGAUUGGUUUCUAGGGUUUCUAGCGGUACAAUUUUGUGUGUAGUGAAUGAACUGAAGGAGCUUACUUGGAAGGGAUUUUUGGGAAAUUAUUUAUAAAAUUGGGGAGAAAUAAUGUUUGUACCGGGUAUGGAUUCUGCCAGAGAAGCUGGUGGUGGAGUUGCGGGCACAGUAUUAAUGCGGUUUGUGUGGCCUCACGGGGGUCGAAGUGUAUUUCUGAGCGGUAGUUUUGAUAGAUGGACUAGGCUCGUGCCUAUGUUGCCCAUGGAAGGCAGCCCUGCAGUAUUUCAGGCCAUUUGCAGUAUAACACCCGGUUAUCACCAGUAUAAAUUUUUGGUUGAUGGAGAAUGGAAGCAUGACGAGUGCCAACCUUGCUCAACAAGUGAAUAUGGGGUAGUGAACACUGUCCUGUUCACUGGGGAAGCCAAUUACAAUCCGAUCAUAGGUCCAGAGAUGGCAUUGGGAUCUGGCAGGGAAAUGGAUAAUGAGACCUUUAGACGUGUGGUCCAUGUAUCAGAUAGUACAACAAGUGACAUGUCACCAAGGAUAUCAGAGGCUGACUUACAGGUGUCUCGUCACCACAUUUCUGUAUUUUUGUCAACUCACACCACAUACAAGUUACUUCCCAAGUCAGGCAAGGUUGUUGCUUUGGAUAUUGAUUUGCCAGUAAAGCAAGCAUUUCAUAUUUUGUAUGAGCAGGGAAUUCCUGUGGCUCCUCUUUGGGACUUCAGCAAGGGCCAGUUUGUUGGAGUGCUUAGUGCAUUGGAUUUCAUUUUAAUUUUGAGAGAGCUUGGAAAUCAUGGAUCAAAUUUGACAGAGGAAGAGCUUGAUACACACACCAUAUCUGCCUGGAAAGAGGGAAAAGCAUAUCUGAAUAGACAAAUUGAUGGGCAUGGGAGGGCAUUUUCUAGACGUCUCAUCCAUGCUGGGCCAUAUGAUAAUUUGAAAGAGGUUGCUUUGAGAAUAUUGCAAAAAGAGGUGGCUACAAUUCCCAUUAUCCAUUCAUCUUCAGAAGAUGGUUCAUUUCCGCAGCUACUGCAUCUUGCUUCACUUUCUGGAAUACUUAAAUGUAUUUGCAGAUAUUUUAGACAUUGUUCUGGCACCUUGCCUAUACUUCAACUGCCAAUUUGUGCACUUCCAGUGGGUACAUGGGUUCCAAAGAUCGGAGAAUCUAACAGACGCCCUUUGGCAAUGUUGAGACCAAGCGCUUCACUUGGUUCAGCUUUAAACCUGUUGAUUCAAGCUCAAGUAAGUUCAAUACCAAUAGUCGAUGAUAACGACUCCUUGCUAGAUAUAUAUUGUCGGAGUGAUAUAACUGCUUUGGCGAAAGAUAGAAUUUAUACACAUAUCAAUAUUAAUGAAAUGACUGUUCAUCAGGCUUUGCAAUUGGGACAAGACUCCUAUUCUCCAAAUGAGAGACUAAAUCAAAGAUUUCAGAUGUGUUUGCGUUCUGAUACAUUGCAUAAAGUGAUGGAACGGUUGGCAAACCCAGGUGUUAGACGGCUUAUUAUUGUGGAAGCAGGCAGUAGACGUGUUGAAGGCAUUGUUACACUGAGUGACAUCUUCAAAUUCUUGAUUGGAUAAGUUAAUGACCACAGAAAUUAUAACUUGAAAGGGAUUGUGCAGUGGUUUUAUGAUUCCUGGCAUAUUUUAUAGCAGCAUCUCCUGCCUGGUUCCAAUGAGACUCCAGUACUUUCCAUGUCAUUUUGAUCUCAUUUCUUUGAAAUCAACCAUUGGAUUGGCCUCCUGCUUGGUUGCCUAUUUUUAGAAUUUCAGGCUAACAGGGGGGCAUGCAAUUUGAGAGCUGAUUCUGUCCUGAUUCUCUAAUUUGUUUAUACCCUGUCCUUUUCGUUACAAACGACUUUGUGCCAUUGAUGUAAAUUACUAAAUUUCAUGUAUGUGGGGAGCAGCAUGGGAUGUGUAACAGUUGUGUGCUGCUGCAAAGUGGAGAAGGAUAGGGAGGGGGGAAUAUUCUCUUCUAUGCUUCAUUAGGCUGUGAUUGGCCCUUAGAAAAUUUGAUGGGGUUGUAACUGGCCUUUUUCUUUUUUAUUGAUUUACUGAUUGUUGUUUUAUAGUAGCAGGAGAAAGUUUAUGUUUACGACUCCUGAAUGAGAGAAACCAGCAAAUACCAGUUUUCUAUCUA